CUAACCCUAUACAAGAAGGCCUAGAACUAAUUUAGGGUUAGGUCUAAAAUUGAGCCUCCCAUGUCUUCGCACCGUGACAUUCCUGGGAUAUGGCGUGUUACGCUAUGGAAAGGGUUAAGCCUACAGUCUCAGAUUCGUGAGAGAUUGAUUGCAGUUUUUGAAGUGGGAAUAACCUUUGGUAGUAUCAACUGCUUUGUGAAGCGGCUGCUACGCACAAGUUUGGAUCUGAAUGUUUAAGCUGUGUGGUUUAGGUUCGAAUACGAUCCUUGUUAGCUGAUACUUUUCACUGGAAGGCUUACUAGGAGCAUUAGGUGCAAAAUGUAAUUGAAGCACGAGACCUUACCACGUUAGCUUUUGUGCCAACUUCGGUUCGACCAAUUUAAGUAUCGCAUGUAUGAGUCUGUGUUUGCCGACCGCUAGUUCUUAUUCAGGAAAAGGGCUGGUAAGGUUUCUGUAUCAGUCGCUCAGAGGAUCUUUGUCUCAAAUAUCUCAUUUCCAUCAGCGUUCGGGAGACUCGUCAAAUAUUUCAAAGGGCAUAGACGAAAGGUGGGACGACACAGCAAUGGCGGGGGGCAAGGCGGUGAAGGGGAAACCUGCUCCACAGAGGUUUCAGGGGAUUCAAUUUCAGAAGAGCAAGGGUCAGCAUAUUCUGAAAAAUCCACUUCUGGUACAGUCUAUAGUCCAGAAAGCUGGACUGAAGAGCACAGAUAUUGUUCUGGAAAUUGGUCCUGGAACAGGAAAUCUGACAAUGAAGCUGCUGGAGGUUUGUAAGAAAGUUGUUGCUGUAGAGCUUGAUCCUCGGAUGGUGUUAGAGGUCACACGGCGUGUCCAGGGCACUCCUUAUGCAAACAAGCUCCAGGUGAUUCAAGGUGAUAUAUUGAAAACAGAGCUGCCCUACUUUGAUGUGUGUGUUGCUAAUGUACCGUAUCAAAUUUCAUCGCCAAUCACUUUCAAGCUAUUAUCGCAUCGGCCACUCUUCCGCUGCGCAGUCAUUAUGUUCCAGAAGGAGUUUGCGCAGCGUUUGGUUGCUCAGCCUGGAGACUCGCUCUUCUGCCGUCUCUCAGUCAAUACGCAGUUAUUGGCUCGUGUCUUCCACCUGUUGAAGGUUGGUAAGAACAACUUUCGACCACCACCAAAGGUUGAUUCUUCAGUUGUUCGCAUCGAGCCUCGUAAUCCCUUACCUCCUAUUAAUUUUAAGGAAUGGGACGGUCUUAUCCGACUCUGCUUUAAUCGGAAGAACAAGACUUUGGGGUCUAUAUUUAGACAGAAAGCCGUUCUUGCUCUCAUCGAGAAAAAUUACAAGACUUUCCAAGCCCUGCAAGAGGCCGGUGGUUCAGAGUCUGGGAUUUUGCAGGCGCGUGUGCCAGCUGUGGAUCCAUCCAUUCUGGGCGACUUAGGCGAAGACCAGAGUAUGGAGGUAGAUGUCAAUGCAGACGGUGACGGAAUGGAGAUCGAGGAGGAAGACGGCGCUCAACAAGGAAAUACGUUUUUCAAGGAGAAGUGCCUUGGGGUGUUGGCUGAGGGCGGUUAUGAGGACAAGCGAUCGUCAAAGUUGACUCAAGACGAUUUCUUGAGGCUCCUAGCAUUGUUUAAUAAAGCAGGCGUCCAUUUCACCUAACUAAAAAACCACCUCCCAUUUGCGUUGUCAUUCUUUGCUCUUAGUCAUGUGAAGUUGGCUCCUCCGAUAACUCUCCCUGGUGAACCUGCGUACAAGAGCAAUUAAGUUCAAGAGAACACCCUGUUGACUGGUUGGCAAAGUGUACACACCAAAGGUCAGCGCUCUCUUCCUGCAAACGAAGUCUGUUUUGAGUUGAUUUUAGUAAAAUCUAGGGGUAGUAUCAUCAGAACCCUUGGCUGAUGAUACUACCCCUGCUUGGCUGCACA